GUCUGCUGCGCGUUCUUCCGGGAAACGUUUUCAUUUAGAGAUGGAGAGACUGAAUCAUUUUCAGAAACUCAAUUCAAUGUGCUUCGGUUUGAAUCUGAGACGUGAUGAGUCCACUCGAUGAUGUAAGGGUUUUUAUUUGACUGUUAAGACUUUUGACGGUGUGACCAUGCCUCUGAAGCUCCACACGGUGUCUGUUGUCACUUUAUAUUUAGAGAUUAGCACUUUAAACUCCGUGUGAAGACGCGAGCAUGGGCGUGAAAAGUGUUUUACUUUUUGGCCACAAAAUUAGCGUGUAGAGAAAACUCUGCUUUUUUUCUAAUUUGAAGAAGACUGGAACUCCACUGGAGGACUACUGAACUCUAUAACGGAAGAUUUAUUACAGGGACCCCCUGUUUGUGACUCAAAUGGCAGAGGAAUGUGAACUGUGGGGUGCGUCGGAGAUAAUUAAAGACAGGCUGUACUUUUCCACGCUGCACAUCAAACCAAAGACUACAGCCAACACACAUUAUUUCAGCACAGAUGAGGAAUUCAUUUAUGAGAGUUUCUAUGCAGACUUUGGGCCUCUUAACCUGGGCAUGCUGUACAAAUACUGCUGCAAACUCAACAAGAAGCUGAAGUCUUUCACCAUGUAUAGAAAGAAACUGGUCCACUACACCAGUAACGAUCAAAAGAAGAGAGCCUGUGCUGCUGUUCUCAUUGGUGGAUACUCUGUCAUCUACUUAAAAAGAAGCCCAGAAGAAGCCUACAGAACUCUGAUCUCAGGAAACAACACAGGCUUCCUCCCAUUCAGGGAUGCAGCAGUGGGAGAGUGCUCGUUGGACCUCACAGUUCUCGACUGCUUACAGGGAAUACAUAAGGCAUUUCAACAUGGUUUCUUUGACUUUGAAACUUUCCAGGUUGAUGAAUAUGAACACUAUGAGCGGGUAGAAAAUGGAGAUAUGAACUGGAUUAUCCCGGGGAAAGUGUUGGCGUUCAGCAGCCCUCACCACCGCAGUAAGGUUGAGAAUGGUUAUCCUCUCCAUGCACCAGAGGCCUACUUUUCCUACUUUCUUCAGAAUAACGUCACAGCCGUGGUCCGCUUGAACAGGAAGAUGUACGAAGGCAAGCGGUUUGAAGAUGCAGGUUUUGAGCACCAUGACCUCUUCUUCCUGGAUGGGACCACGCCAUCUGACAUCAUCGUUAGGCGCUUCCUGCAUGUGUGUGAGAGCACAGAAGGAGCUGUGGCUGUGCACUGUAAAGCAGGCCUGGGCCGUACUGGCACUCUGAUCGGCUGCUACAUGAUGAAGCACUACCGGUUCACUGCGGCCGAGGCCAUCGCUUGGAUCAGAAUUUGCCGGCCUGGAUCCAUCAUUGGUCCCCAGCAGAACUUCUUAGAGGAAAAACAACAUAGUUUGUGGAUCCAAGGCGAUGUCCAUCGCUCCAAACAGAAACUGGUGCAACAGAGACUGAGUCGGCAACAGCAGCUCAAACAGCAGCGUGUGCAGCUGCAAAGUCCUGGUUCUGAGGGGGUCAGACAGGAAGCCAUGUCCCGCCUUCUCUCAAGCAUCGAGGACCUGUCAAUCAACACUUCCCUUUCCAAAACAUACAGCCUGGAUGAAAUUCACUUGAAGGACAGCAGUCUUACUCAAGGAGACAAACUGAGAACACUGAAGUCCAAACGCCCGCCUCGAUCAGCCUCCUCCUCCUCGAGGUUGAACCUGUCCAUGGCGUCUCACUCCUCCAUUCUGCCACCUCCAAAGUCCCCUAAAAUGCCCCUCCCCUUCACCUUAUCGCCCUCCUCCUCCAAGAAGCUGAUACGAAGCUCCUCCUCAUCCACCACACAGGUCAAGAGUCCCUUCAGCCUCAGUCUGUUCAGUGCCAGGCCUGCCGUCAUUCCCUGACCUCGUCCUUCUCUUCACAAGUCCAGUCGACGGAGUCUAAAGUACAUGUUGUCUUGGCCUUACACUCUAAUCAGUGCUAUGGAUAGAUACCCAAGGGAACUAGGUCACAGGUUUCCUUGCUCGUCAGAAGCUGCACCUUAGAUGCUCUGCUCACCUGAUGGCUGAUGACAGUCAGCUGGGUUUGGAGGCUACAGGCAGGUGGACUGCUUAUUUGUGUAUCCAGAGAGUCAACACCAUCAGUUGGCUGUCUGUGAUUUUGUUUGUGAAUGAAGCUCUCAUUUAAGUAUGUGUUUUGAAAGCACCUUUUUUCUUUCGGCCAUUUUGGGUCUCCCUCUGUUCUUCGACUCAGUGGUUUGAACUUCAAUGUUAUGUUUGUCUUUCAUUUUGAUAGAAUUAGUGGUUAGUGGCUCUUCUUCCACCUUAAAGAAAACCAAGCCCCACUUAUGUGGUACCUUGAAAAAUAUUAUGAUGACUUAUUGUCAAAAGUGUUUGCACUUUUAAUUUAAAGAGGUUCGACGACUCAAGAACUUUUCAUGGUCAACUUUAUGGAGUAAAGGAACUUUUAACACCUGGACUUCACAUAAACAUGAAGAGCUAAGCGGGGCUUAUUGGCCUCUGGUAGAAAACAUACAUAUGGUAGUGGACUUAUUGGUCAUUAACCAUGAAGGUAAACAACUGUGGCAAGAGUUGUAAUAAUGGGUGAGUU